UCAGUACUUGCUGUCCAUUGUGGCCAGAAGCAGAUUCCAGCAGAGCUUCAGCACCUGCUGUCGACUGAUUCUGCUAGCCUAUCAAGAAUCCAAGACACAUUUUGUUUGUGUGAACACUUACUGAAACUUAAGAAUAAUCACUGUGACCAACUUACAGUAAAACUUAAACAAAUGGAAAAUAUGGUCAGUGUACUACAAAAUGAGCUAUCUGAAACAAAAAAGACAAAAUUACAGUUAGAACUUCAAAAAAUUGAAUGGGAGAAAGAGCUGUGCGAUUUGAGACUUGCCUUAAAACAAGAAAAUGAGGAGAAAAGAAAUGCCAUUAUGUUGUAUAAUAAAGAUAGUGAACAGUUAAGAAUAAAAGAAGAGGAGUGUGGGAAAGUGGUUGAAACAAAGCAACAACUUAAAUGGAAUCUGAGAAGACUUGUUAAGGAAUUGAGGACAGUAAGAAAUAACUUGGAUCUGGUUGUGCAGGAGAGAAACGAUGCCCAGAAGCAACUUUCUGAAGAACAGGAUGCCAGAAUAUUACAAGAUCAGAUUCUGACGAGUAAACAAAAGGAACUAGAAAUGGCUCGAAAGAAAAUGAAUUCUGAGAUUUCUCAUAGGCAUCAGAAAGAAAAGGAUCUCUUUCAUGAAAAUUGCAUGUUGCAGGAAGAAAUUGCCUUGCUGAGACUGGAAAUAGAUACAAUAAAAAAUCAGAACAAGCAAAAGGAAAAGAAAUAUUUUGAGGACAUUGAGGCUGUGAAAGAAAAGAAUGAUAACCUUCAAAAAAUUAUAAAACUAAAUGAGGAAACAUUAACAGAAACAAUACUCCAGUACAGUGGACAGCUGAACAAUCUGACAGCUGAGAACAAAAUACUCAAUUCUGAACUGGAGAAUGGGAAACAGAACCAAGAAAGACUAGAAAUAGAAAUGGAAUCAUACCGUUGUAGACUGGCUGCUGCUGUACGUGACUGUGAUCAAAGUCAGACAGCAAGAGACCUAAAACUUGAUUUCCAGAGAACAAGACAAGAGUGGGUUCAUUUACAUGACAAAAUGAAGGUUGAUAUGUCUGGCCUACAAGCUAAGAAUGAGAUUCUUUCUGAAAAACUUUCUAAUGCUGAAAGUAAAAUUAACAGCCUACAAAUUCAGCUCCAUAACACAAGAGAUGCUCUUGGAAGAGAGAGUUUGAUUUUGGAACGUGUGCAAAGAGACCUUAGCCAGACACAGUGUCAGAAGAAAGAAACUGAACACAUGUACCAAAUUGAACAAAGCAAACUGAAGAAAUACAUUGCCAAGCAGGAAUCUGUAGAGGAGAGAUUAUCUCAACUACAAAGUGAAAAUAUGUUGCUUCGACAGCAACUGGAUGAUGUUCACAAGAAAGCUAACACUCAAGAAAAGACAAUCAGUACUAUCCAAGACCAGUUUCAUUCUGCUGCCAAAAAUCUUCAAGCUGAGAGUGAAAAGCAGAUUCUUUCACUACAAGAGAAGAACAAGGAGCUGAUGGAUGAAUAUAAUCAUUUAAAAGAAAGAAUGGAUCAAUGUGAGAAAGAGAAAGCAGGAAGAAAAGUAGUUAUGAGAGAAUUCCAACAAGAAUGGACAGAUCUCCUAAAACAACAACCUACGUCAGAGGCUACCUCACGUUGUCACAUUAAUUUAGAUGAGACACAGGAUUCAAAGAAGAAAUUGGGUCAAAUCAGAAGUGAAAUUGACCUUACAGAAGCACAGGAAACUGUUCCUUCACGAUGUCUACAUCUGGAUGCAGAGAAUGAAGUUCUUCAACUUCAACAGACAUUAUUCUCUAUGAAAGCAAUACAAAAGCAAUGUGAAACACUACAGAAGAAUAAGAAGCAGCUGAAACAAGAAGUAGUAAACCUCAAAAGUUAUAUGGAAAGAAAUAUGUUAGAAAGUGGUGAAGCUGAAUGGCAUAAACUGUUGAUUGAAGAAAGAGCAAGGAAGGAGAUAGAAGAAAAAUUAAACGAAGUCAUUCUCACUUGCAGAUGCAGCAGAAGUUGCAAAAUGAUCUAACUGCAGAAGUAGCAGCUGCUACUAAAUAUGAACCUGGAUCCUAUAUAGCUUCUCCUCUAGGAUUUACACACAAGGAAAAUCUGAAUCAAGAUCCAGUUUUGGAAGUAACAAAAGAAUAUGCACAGAUUUUAAGAAGAAAAUACAUACUCUGAAAGAUAAGGCAAUUUUAUUUGGGCUAUUCACAUGAUAUUUUGUUUCCCAUUAAAUAUAUGAUGUGAACAUUUUUACUAAAGGGAAAUAUUCUAUAUUAUACAUGUCUGAUGAAAAUUUAUAUAGUAUUUUAAAUAAUGUUUCUUGGCCUCUUCAGCUAACUUUUAAGUGGAUUUUGCAAAUGAAAACCAGUAUUACUGAGUUUUACAUACUCGAACUGCCCAAAUGUUAGCUGUUUAAACAGCCAAAUAAUCAAGUUGCCAUUAAUAAUUUAGUGGAGCCAAUUGAUGGCUUGUUUGUAUUUUAUAAUUUUAUCUUUAUACAUAGUGAUAGAUUUAAGUUUAGAUAGACAUCAUUUUGGUAUACUGGUACUGUGGUCAUUGUCAAUGUUUGGAUGUAUUACGAUUGUUAUAGUGCAAUCAAACUUAGAUAAUUUUAAUUUUAAGCACUGAUUUAUUUAGAUCUUUCCUUGUGGAAAAAUAAGGUUUGCCUAAGGCUUUUUGCUUUUUUAUUUAUUGUUUCAUUUCUUUAUUAGAUUAACUUUUGGGAAACAGUCUUAAAAUUGGAGAAAAUUUCCACAUUUUAGGAAAAACAGCUUUCCCCCUGUGGGCCAUUUGAGAGUAAAUUGCUGACAUUAUGCCAUCACAUCUGGUAUGUGGGUAUUCCCACAAGUCAGGACAUUUUAUAUAACUACUUCAUAAUCAGAAAGUUAACAUCAAUACACUUGAUCAUUUCAUUCUCAGUUUCUUUUCAAGUUUUCUUAAUUGUCUAUAAUGUUCUUUGUAGCAGAAGGAUCCCAUUCAGGUCCAUGAAUUUCAUUUAGUUGUCAUGACUCUUUCAGUCUGGAACAGUUCCUCAGUUUUUCUUUGACCUUUAUGACCUUAAAUCUUUUGAAGAGUAGAGUCCAGUAAUACAGAAUGUCCCUCCAUUGGAUUUCUCUGAAUUUUUUUUAUGAUAAGGUUUAGAUGAUAAUUUUUUUUUUGGCAAGAGUAUCACAGAAGUUAUCCCAUGAUCUUCUCACUGCAUUCUAUCAGGUGACCUGCAAUUAUUAUUAUUUUUUAUUUUCAUCUUUUAAGUUCAGGGGUACAUGUGCAGGAUGUGCAGGAUGUCCAGGUUUGUUACAUAGGUAAAUAUGUGCCAUGGUGGUUUGCUGCACAGAUCAUCCCAUCACCUAGGUAUUAAUAAUAGCCCAGCAUCCAUUAGCUGUUCUUCACGAUGCUCUCCCUUCUCUCACCCGCCACCAUCCCACAUGCCCCUGUGUGUGUUGUUCCCUGCCAUGUGUCCAUGUGUUCUCAUUAUUCAGCUCCCACUUGUAAGUGAGAGCAUGCAGUAUUUCAUUUUCUAUUUCUGCGUUGGUUUGCUGAGGAUAAUGUUCUGCAGCUCCACCCAUGUCCCUGCAAAGGACAUGUCUCAUUCCUUUUCAUGGCUGCAUAGUAUUCCAUGGUGUAUAUGUACCACAUUUUCUUUAUCCAGUUUAUCAUUGAUGGGCUUUUAGGUUGAUUCUUUGUCUUUGCUAUUGUGAAUAGUGCUGCAAUGAACAUAUGUGUGCGUGUAUCUUUAUACUAGAAUUAGUUAUAUUCCUUUGGGUAUAUACCAAGUAAUGGGAUUGCUGGGUUAAAUGGUAUUUCAGGUUCUAGAUCUUUGAGGAAUCACCACACUGUCUUCCACACUGGUUGAACAAAUUUACACUCCUAUCAAUAGUGUAAAAGCAUUCCUGUUUCUCCAUAAUCUUGCCAGCAUCUUUUCAUUUUUUUGAAUUAUAGCCAUUCUGACUAUUGUGAGAUGGUGUCUCAUUGUGGUUUUGAUUUGCAUUUCUCAGAUGAUCAGUGAUGUUGAGGUUUUUUUGUUUGUUGGCUGCAUGUAUGCCUUCUUUUGAAAAGUGUCUGUUUGUGUCCUUUGACCACUUUCUAAUGGGGUUGAGUUUUUUUUCUUGUAAAUUUGUUUAAGUUCCUUGUAGAUGCUGGAUAUUAGACCUUUGUCAGAUGGAUAGAGUGCAAAAAUUUUCUCCCAUUCUGUAGGUUGUCGGUUUACUCUGUUGAUAGGUUCUUAAUGCUGUGCAGAAGCUCUUUAGUUUAAUUAGAUCCCAUUUGUCAAUUUUGGCUUUUGUUGCAAUUGCUUUUGGCAUCUUCGUCAUGAAAUCUUUGCCCUUGCCUGUGUCCUGAAUGGCAUUGCCUAGGUUUUCUUCCAGGAUUUUUAUAGUUUUGGGUUGUAGAUUUAAGUAUUUAAUCCAUCUUGAGUUAACUUUUGUAUAUGGGUUAAGGAAGGGGUCCAGUUUCAAUUUGCUGCAUAUGGCUAGCCAGUUCUCCCAGCACCAUUUAUUAAAUAGGGAAUCUUUUCCCCAUUGCUUCCUUUUGUCAGGUUUGUCAAAGAUCACAUGGUUGUAGGUGUGUGGUCUUAUUUCUGGGUUCUCUAUUCUGUUCCAUUGGUCUAUGUGUCGGUUCUUGUACUAGCACCAUGCUGUUUUGGUUACUGUAGUCUUGUAGUAUAUUUUGAAGCUGGGUAGCAUGAUGCCUCUAGCUUUGCUCUUCUUGCUUAGGAUUGUCUUGGCUAUUUGGGCUCUUUUUUGGUUCCAUAUGAAUUUUAAAAUAGCUUUUUCUAGGUCUGUAAAGAAUGUCAAUAGUAGUUUAAUGGGCCUAGCAUUUAAUUUACAGAUUGCUUUGGGCAGUGUGGUCAUUUUCACGAUAUUGAUCCUUCCUGUCUGUGAGCAUAUGUUUUUCCAUUUGUUUGUGUCAUCUCUGAUUUCUUUGAAUAAUGGUUUAUAGCUAUCCUUGAAAAGGUCCUUCACUUUUCUUGUUAGCUGUAUUCCUAGGUAUUAUACUCUUCUUGUGGCAAUUGUGAAUGGGAGUUAAUUCAUGAUUUUUCUCUCGGCUUGCCUGUUGUUGGUGUAUAGGAAUGCUAGUGACUUUUGCACAUUGAUUUUGUAUCCUGAGACUUUGUUGAAGUUGCUUAUCAGCUAAGAAGUUUUUGAGCUGAGAUGAUGGAGUUUUCUAGAUAUAGGAUCAUAUCAUCUGCAAACAAAGAUAGUUUGACUUCCUGUCUUCCUAUUUGAAUAGCUUUUCUUUCUUUCUCUUGCCUGAUUGCCUUGGUGAGAAUUUCUAAUACUGUGUUGAAUAGGAGUGGUGAGAGAGGGCAUCUUUGUCUAGUGUCAGUUUUCAAGGGAACGCUUCCAGGUUUUCAGGUACUCAGGCAACAAAUAGCGUUACGAAUAGAAUAGUACCUCACAUCUCAAUGCUAAUGUUGAACGUAAAUGGCCUAAAUGCUCCACUUAAGAGAUAUAGAAUGGCAGAAUGGGUAAGAAUUCACCAACCAAGUUGCUGCUGUCUUCAGGAGACUCACCUAACACAUACGGACUCACAUAAACUUAAGGCAAAGGGUUGGAAAAAGACACUUCGUCUAAAUGGACACAUCAAAAGCGAGCAGGAGUAGCUGUUCUUAUAUCAGACAAAACGGACUUUAAGACAACAGCAGUUUUAAAAAGACAAAGAGGGACAUUAUAUAAUGAUAAAAGGACUAGUUCAACAGGAAAAUAUCACAGUCCUAAAUAUAUAUGCACCUAAUACUGGAGAUCCCAAAUUUAUAAAACAAUUACUACUAGACAUAAGAAAUGAGGUAGCUGGCAACACAAUAAUAGUGGGGGAUGUUAAUACUCCGCUGGCAGCACUAGGCAGAUCACCAAGACAGAAAGUCAACAAAGAAACAAUGGACUUAAACUAUACCCUAGAACAAAUGGACUUAACAGAUACUUACAGAACAUUCUACCCAACAAGCAUAGAAUAUACAUUGUAUACAUCAGAACAUGGGACAUUCUCCAAAAUAGACCAUAUGAUAGGGCACAAAACAAGUCUCAGUAAAUUUAAGAAAAUCAGAAUUAUAUCAAGUACUCUCUCAGACCACAGUGGAAUAAUAUUGGAAAUUAAUUCCAAAAGGAACACUCAAAAGCAUGCAAAUACAUGGUAAUUAAAUAACCUACUCCUGAAAGAUUGUUGGGUCAACAAUGAUAUCAAGGGGGAAAUUUAAAAAUUCUUUGAACUGAACGAUAAUAGUGACACAACCUAUCAAAAACUCUGGGAUACAGCAAAAGUGGAGCUAAGAAGAAAAUUCAUAGCAUUAAAUGCCUAUAUCAAAAAGUCUGAAAGAGCACAAAUAAACAAUCUAAGGUCACACCUCACAGAAUUGGAGAAACUAGAACAGUCCAAAUCCAAACCCAGCAGAAGAAAAGAAAUAACAAAAUCAGAACAAAACUAAAUGAAAUUGAAACAAAAAAAUACAACAGAUAAAUGAAACAAAAAGCUGGUUCUUUGAAAAGAUAAAUAAAAUUGAUAAGCAUUGGCAAGAUUAAUCAAGAAGAGAGAAGAUCCAAAUAAGCUCUAUUAGAAAUGAAAUGGGAGAUAUUACCACUGAUACCACCACAGAAAUACAAAAGAUUAUUCAAGACUACUAUGAACAUCUUCACAUCCAUAAACUAGAAAACCUACAGGAGAUCGAUAAAUUCCUGGAAAUAUACAACCCUCCUGGAUUAAAUUAGGAAGAUAUAGAGACUCUGAACAGACCAAUGAGAAGCAGCAAGAUUGAAAAUGGUAAUUUAAAAAUUGCCAACAACAAAAAAGUCCAGGACCAGAUGGAUUCACACCUGAAUUCUAUCAGACAUUCAAAGAAUUGGUACCCAUCCUAUUAACACUAUUUCACAGGAUAGAGAAAGAGAAAUCUUCCCUAAAUCAUUUGAUGAAACCAAAAUCACCAUGAUAUGGUUUGGCUCUGUGUCCCCACCCAAAUCUCAUCUUUUAGCUCCCAUAAUUCCCAGAUGUUGUGAGAAGGACCCAGUAGGAGAUGAUUGAAUCAUGAGGGCGGGUCUUUUCCAUGCUGUUCUCAUGACAGUGAGUGAGUGUCACAAGAUCUGAUGGUUUUAAAAACAGGACUUUCUCUACACAAGCUCUUUCUUUUUGCCUGCUGCCAUCCACGUAGGAUGUGACUUGCUCUUUCUUGACUCCACCAUGACUUUGAGGCCUCCCCAAAUAUGUGGAACUGUAAGUCAAAUAAACCUCUUUCUUUUGUAAAUUGCCCAGUCUCAGGUAUGUCUUUAUCAGCAGUGUGAAAAUGGACUAAUACACACCCUAAUACUGAAACAGACUAAUAGACACCCUAAUACCAAAAGCAAGGAAGGACAUAAUGAGAAAAGAAAGCUACAGACCUGCAUCCCUGAUGCAGUAAUCCUCAAAAAAAAUACUAGCUAGCUGAAUCUAACAACAUAUCAAAAAGAUAAUCCAUCAUGAUCAAGUGGGUUUCAUACCAGGGAUGCAGGGAUGGUUUAACAUCUACAAGUCAAUAAAUGCGAUACACUACAUAAACAGAAUUAAAAAACAAAAGUCACAUGAUCAUCUCAAUAGAUGCAGAAAAACCACUUGAGAAAAUCCAGCAUCCUGAUUUUAUUAAGACCCUCAGCAAAAUCAGCAUAGAAGGGACAUACAUUAAGGUAAUAAAAGCCAUCUAUGACAAACCCACAGCCAGCAUUAUACUGAACAGGGAAAAGUUGAAAGCAUUCCUCCUGAAAACUGGAAGAAGACAAGAUUGCCCACUUUCUCCACUUCUAUUCAACAUGGUACUGGAAGUUCUAGCCAGAGCAAUCAGACAAGAGAAAGAAAUCAAGGGCAUCCAAAGUGGUAAAGAAGAAGUCUGCCUAUUGCUGUUUCCCAAUGAUAUGAUUGUAUACCUAGAAAACCCUAAAGACUCAUCCAAAAAGCUUCUAGAACUGGUAAAUGCAUUCAGCAAAGUUUCAGGAUACAGAGUUACACACAAGUGUGCACAAAUCCGUAGCUGUGCUAUACACCUUCAGCGACCAAGCCAAGAAUCAAAUCAAUAACUCAACCCUUUUUACAAUAGCUACAAAUAAUAAUAAUAAUAAUAAUAAUAAUAAUAAUAAAAUACUUAGGAAUGUUCCUAACCAAGGAGGUGAAAGAUCUCUGCGUGGAAAACUACAAAACACUACUGAAAGAAAUCACAGAUGACACAAACAAAUGGCAGCACAUCCCAUGCUCAUGGAUGGGUAGAAUCAAUAUUGUGAAAAUGACCAUACUGCCAAAAGCAAUCUACAAAUUUAAUCCAAUUCCCAUCAAAAUACCACCAUCAUUCUUUACAAAAUGAUGAAAAAUAAUCCCAAAAUUCAUAUGGAACCAAAAAAGAGCCUACAUAGCCAAAGGAAGACUAACCAAAAAGAAUAAAUCUGGUGACAUCACAUUACCUAACUCCAAACUAUUCUGUAACACCAUAGUCACUAAAACAGCAUGAUACUGGCAUAAAAAUAGGCACAUAGACCAAUGGAACAGAACAGAGAACCCAGAAUUAAAGCCAAAUACUUACAGCCAGCUGAUCUUCCACAAAGUGAGGAAAGGACACCCUAUUCAACAAAUAGUGCUGGGAUAAUUGGCUAGCCACAUUUAGGAGAAUGAAACUGGAUCCUUAUCUCUCACCUUAUACAAAAAUCAACUCAAGAUGGAUCAAGAACUUAAGACCUGAAGCCUUAAAAAUUCUAGAAGAUAACAUUGGAAAAACCCUUCUAGACAUUGGCUUAGGCAAAGACUUCAUGACCAAGAAGCUCAAAACAAAUGCAACAAAAACAAAAGAUAAAUAGAUGGGACUUAACUAAACUAAAAAGCUUUUGCGCAGCAAAAGAAAUAAUUAGCAGAGUUAACAGACAACACACAGAGUGGGAGAAAAUCUUCACAACCUACACAUCCAACAAAGGACUAAUAUUCAGAAUCUACAAAGAACUCAAAUCAGUAAGAAAGAAACCAAUCCCAUAAAAAAGCGGGCUAAGGACACAAAUAGACAAUUCUCAAAAGAAAAUAUACAAAUGGCCAACAAGCAUAUGGAAAAAUGCUCAACAUCACUAAUGAUCAGGGAAAUGCAAAUCAAAACCACAACGUGAUAUCACCUCAUUCCUGUAAGAAUGGCAAUAUUAAAAAAAUUUAAAAAUAAUAGAUGUCGGCAUGGAUGUGGUGGAAAGGGAACACUUUUAUAGUGUUGAUGCUAAUGUAAACUAGUACAACCACUAUGGAAAACGGUGUGGAGAUUGCUUAAAGAACUAAAAGUAGAUCUACCAUUUGAUCCAACAACCCCAUUCCUCAGUAUCUACCCAGAGGGAAAGAAGUCAUUAUACAAAAAAGAUACUUGUACACACGUUUAUAGCAGCAAAAUUCAUAAUUGUGAAAAUAUGGAACCAGCCCAAAUGCCCAUCAAUCAAUGAGUGGAUAAAGAAAAUGUGAUAUGUACACACACACCCCAUGGAAUACUACUCAGCCAUAAAAAGGAGCAAACUGGAUGGAAUUGGAGACCAUUCUUCUAAUUGCAGCAACCUGGAUGGAAUUGGAGACCAUUCUUCUAAGUGAAGUAGCUCAAGAAUGGAAAACCAAACAUCAUAUGUUCUCAUAUGUGGGAACUAAGCUAUGAGAAUGUAAAGGCAUAAGAAUGAUACAGUGGACUUUGGGGACUCAGGGGAAAUGGUGGGAAGGGAGUGAGAAAUAAAAGACUACACACUGAGUACAGUGUACACUGCUCGGGUGAGGGAUGCACCAAAAUCUCAAAAAUCACCACUAAAGAACUUAUUUAUAUAACCAAACACCACCUGUUCCUUAAAAACCUAUUGAAAUAAAAAGUAAAUUUAAAAAAUCCUCCUGGAUUCAUUGAUUUUUUUGAAGGUUUUUUUGUGUCUCUAUUUCAGUUCAGCUCUGAUCUUGGUUAUUUCUUGUCUUCUGCUAGCUUGGGAGUUUGUUUCCUCUUGGUUCUCUAGUCCUUUUAGUUGUAAUAUUAGGUUGUUAACUUGAGAUCUGUCUCUCUUUUUGAUGUGGGCAUUUAGUGCUAUAAAUUUUCCUCUUAACACUGCUUUAGCUGAGUCCUGGAGAUUCUGUUAUGUUGUCUCUUUGUUCUAAUUAGUUUUAAAACACUUCUUGAUCUCUGCCAUAAUUUUAUUAUUUACCCCAAAGUCAUUCAGGAGCAGAUUGUUCAAUUUCCAUAUAGUUGUGUGGUUUUAAGUGAAUUUCUUAAUCUUGAGAUCUAAUUUGAUUGUGCUGUGGUCUGAGAGACUCUUUGUUAUGAUUUCAGUUAUUUUUCAUUUGCUGAGGAGUGUUUUUCUUCCUAAUUUAUGAUUAGUUUUAGGGUAAGUGUCAUGUGGCUAUGAGAAGAAUGUAUAUUCGCUUGUUUUUUGUUGGAGAGUUCUGUAGAUAUCUAUCAUGUCUACUUGAUCCACAGCUGAGUUCAGGUCCUGAAUAUCUUUGUUAAUUUUCUGUCUCCAUGAUGUGUCUAAUAUUGUCAUUGUGGUGUUAAAGUCUCCCACUAUUAUUGUGUGGGAGUCUAAGUCUCUUUGAAGGUCUCCAAUAACUUGCUUUAUGAACCUGGGUGCUCUUGUAUAGGGUGCAUAUAUAUUUAGGAUAGUUAACUCUUCUGGUUGAACUGAACCCUUUACCAACAGGUAGUGCUCUUCUUUGUCUCUUUUGAUCUUUGUUAAUUUAAAGUCUGUUUUGUUAGAAACUAGGAUUGCAAGCUCUGUUUUUUUCUGCUUUCUGUUUGCUUGGUAAAUUUUCCUCCAUGCCUUUAUUUUUAGCCUAUGUGUUUCUUUGUGUGUGAGAUGGGUCUCUUGAAUACAGCAUACUGAUGGGUCUUGGUUCUUUAUCUAGCUUGCCAUUCUGUGUCUUUCACUGGAGAACACAUUGAGAUUUAAGAAAGAUCGUCUUCAAGCUCUGAGAUUCUUUUCUUGGCCUAUUCUGCUGUUAAUAAUUGUGAUUUCAUUGUGAAGUUCUUGUAGUGUGUUUUUCAGCUCUAACAGUGCUGGGAUUACAAGCGUGAGCUACCACACCCAGCGAGGAAGCCAAGUUUAACGUGUGUGCUCCACUCCUCCAACCUGGCCAAAGGGCAGUCAUCAUCACUGGCCACUACUGACCGCAGCCUUUAGAAACUCCCCUUGAACGUGCUGGGCUGACCUUCCUCUGAUCACAGGCAAGGCAAAGGGAAACGACAGACCCUUGCCUUCCCGGUCCUCAAGGGUCAGCUGUAAGAUGAUGUCAUAAAGCCGGAUCAGGUCCUGGGGCCGGGGGAAGCACUUGCUGUCAUCCUCUGGCUGCUGCUGCAGCAGAGCCCUCUGCAGACCUUUGGCCAUGCUCUCAUUACGCUUGAUUGCCAUUGACAGCUUGAUGUAAGUCAGGUGAACAAAUAGAAGCUGAGGGUGAAGGACCUACAGCUGUCACCUUCAUCUCUUCUCAACACUGCCAACUGUCCCCUUGGAUCUCCCAGACAGACAACAAGGGACAUCUCUGGUUUCUCGGUGCCUCCUAGAAACCUCGGGUCAUUUCAAGGCAUUAUGCAAAUGAGAAGCUUUCCUUCUCUUCACCUCAUCUCCUGAUCUGCACAAAAGUGACUGUAGGACCCAGUGUUGGUACCGAUGUAGGCACCAAUCCUCAGUUUACCACCUGCUCUCUACUUGCUUCCCUGCCAUAACUUUCUAAAAGGGAUGUGAGCCAUGUUUAAAGUCACCUGGUCACUGGAGGGAUCUUGUUCUACCCCCUGUAGUAGUACCUCUGUAGGGUAGUACCCACUGUAGGGAUCUUGUUCUACAUCAGUGGUUGCCAACUUUUUGGCACCAGGGACUGGUGUUGUGGAAGACAAUUUUCCACGGACUGGGGGGCUGGGGAGAAUGGUUUCAGGAUCAAACUGUUCCACCUCAAAUCAUCAGGCAUUAGAUUCUCAUAAGGAGGGCACAACCUAGAUUGCUAGCAUGCCCAGUUCGCAAUAGGGUUCGUUCUCCUGCGAGAAUGGCAUGCCGCUGCUGAUCUAACAGGAGGCAGAGCUCAGGUGGUAAUGGGAGCAAGGGGGAGUGGCUAUAAAUACAGCUCACCGCUCACCUGCUGCUGUGCAGCCCGGUUCCUAACAGGCCAUGGACGGUACUGGUCUGUAGCCCAGGAGUUGGGGAAUCCUGCUCUACAGAGUUUCCAACCUCAGAGAUGAAGCAUCCCCUCUGUAAGUCAGAAAGAAAUUAUUCAAGUAGGAGAAUUAAAACAGGAUCACAGAGAGGGAGGCUGAAGAAUUUGACAUUCUGUGUUGUUUACUUGUAUGAGGAAAAACAGCACAUAGAGGCAUCCACAGUAUUUAAUUUGUUUGGAUAACAGUUACGGAUAAACAGGUACACCCCAUAUACAAUUACCAAUACUUUUUAUACCGUUCAUAUUUCAGUACAUCAACACUAUUUUAUUUACACUCUAUUUAUAUACAUUAACAUCUUUCUAAAGUCAGUGCAUUGUCAACAUGUUUUAUACAGUAAUUUACAAGGUGAAUGUAGUUAAUAGUUAAUUUAAUAAAUUUUCUGCUAGUUCAUGAAUUAAAAAAAUUAAUUACAACCAGUAUAACAAACAGAUCAAACAACAUUAGUAGAUUGUGCUACCUGCUUAAAUAAAACAUCUGUAAAGAAAUUAUUUAAAGUCUUCCACUUUUUAACGGGACAUGUACACGUAGGAAUGGACCGAUUUUAUAUACUGAAAAUCUUGAAACUAUAAAGUAUGCAUUUUUUCUGAGUUUAUUACAUUAGAUAAUUUAGGCCACUCCUACCUAUUUGCAAUUAUAUUUUUUCUGAAAAGGAUUUCAAUUUAGGUAGCCAUUUAAGAUAACCUUUCCAAAUGCUCUGAGAACUAGAUAUUAAUGGUUACUGGCCUCAGAUAUCAGAACACAAAUGCUUAGUUACACUGGUAAUUACUACCUAUGAGGAAGAAAGUGUAGUGGAAUCUGACAAUUAAUGAGAAUCAACUUGCAGGGUCUAAAUGAAUAAACAAAGACCAAAAAUAAGGUGAAACAUUUCCUUCAAGUAUAUAUUAAAAAACUACACCAAAAAAAUUCUACCUGAACUAAAUAAUAUUUAUACUUUUGUUCCAGUCUUGAAUAAUUAGAGGAAAAAAUGAAGUAAACAAAGAAACAUAACUUUCAAUGACUACUGUAAAAUUUUAAAAAAAGACAAAUAUCAAAAUAAAAAUUAGUGGACGUGCAAACAAAGCAAAACUAAAGUUGACUUCCUAAAACCACCAAUUUCAUUAAAUAUACUUAUGAACUCCUAAUGUCUGGGAUGUGUUUUGUUUGUAAUUUAUAGCCCUUGGAGCCAUCAAAUACACACAAGCAAGUUCAUUUGCAUGUGUUCUCUCUUUUUUAAAGUGCAAAAUAAACACGGAAAAGAACAACCACUAAUUGUGAAACGUGAUCUAGCUCCGAUGCCGCUUACCUUCCCAGAAGCUCUUGUUGCAACAUGUGCAUGUGAAGAUGGUGCAAAUAUUGGCAACUGCUCCCCUUCCCUCAGCAUGGGCGGGGCCGGGGGUGCAGAAUACAUUUCUGAGGAUACUUGAAGUAUCCUAAAUGUAAGAUGCCUCCACUGGGAGGGCCAUGGUAGCUGGAUUUCCCAGGAUGUUUUUCUUUCUACUGGGUCUCCCUCUGGGUGGAAGGCACAUAGCUCUUAAGAGAGCCUCCCUUUCAGACUGACCACUCUAUGCCCCUGCCACCAAUGACUGGUUGUAUCUCAAACAUAAACACAACGGCAAAAACAAAAAGCAAGAAAGACAAAGAAAGGGUAUGGAAACUUUAAAAAAUAAAUGGAAAAAUCCUCGCCCAUGCCGUAAGAAUCAUUUGCACACCUUCAUGAUCUUGCUUUCUCCAUCUUGUCAACAGAAUGGAAUAAAACUUAAGGAAAAAGGAGGUAGCAUAUCAUGUCAUCCCUAGACAACAUUAUAAUUUUUUGUUUUUUACUUUGACUCCAAGGAAAUCUUUAAUAUUUGUUAUGAUUAUUGAUAAACUCUAUACUGACUACAUAUUUGUUCAUAUCUGGACAAGCACAAUUGAGUUCUUAUUUGGUCCCAGGUGGCUGGUGCCAAACUUUUUGUUUACAGGCUAAUGGUGGGAUCUGCCUGAAAGUUCUCUAUCAGACAACUUGCAUGAGACUUCAAAAUAAAACUACUACUACUCUUAAAGUUAACUAUUUUAAUUAGAAUUUGUAUUCUAACAGGAUAAAAUAACUACAUUUAGCUUGCCUCUCAGUGACACUUUUGCCAAGUAUCAGCUACAAGGAGUCAUCUCCCUCCCCACCAAGCUGUCUAGCAGCCAGAAUGGUAGCUUUGCUGUAACACACAGUACUUUUUGUAAUCAGACUCAAAGUCUUCAUCCAUACUGCUUGUGUCUGCCAUCUUUUUGCCAUCAAUCUUUGGCAGAAAUUGUGCAUAGUCUAUCCUCUGCUGCUCAUAGAAAAGAAUGUAGGCAGAGUCGGUGUCAAUUUCAUCAGGGUGACAUUCCUGAAAGGGCAAGAAAAACUUUUAACAAAAACCGUCACUAUUAUGGCUCUAAAUCCUUGCCAGGAAAGGGAAGACCAACCCUCUGUAAUUACUAAACCUGAUUGCUUCCAAUAAGCUCACUAGUUUGGCUGUCUCACACCUGCCCCUUUAAAAUGAGCCCCAUUAUUUCCAAUGUUUGCUUUGGAGAAAAUAUUUUGACCAUAGACAAGUCAAAACAGAAUGACCUAAAACCCCAUCAAAUUCUAUGUAUUUAUUUUUAUUUAUUUACUUUUUUGAGAUGGAGUCUCUGUCUGUCACCAGGCUGGUGUGCACUGGUGUGAUCUCAGCUCACUGCAACCUCUGCCUCCUGGGUUCAAGCGAUUCUCCUGCCUCAGCCUCCCGAGUAGCUGGGACUACAGGCAUGUGCCACCACGCCUGGCUAAUGUUUUGUAUUUUUAGUAGAGACAGGGUUUCACCAUAUUAGGCAGGAUGAUCUCAAUCUCCUGACCUCAUGAUCCACCCUCCUUGGCCUCCCAAAGUGCUGGGAUUACAGUCGUGAGCCACCGCGCUUGGCCCAACCCCAUCAAAUUCUAACAGUCUAGAAGAUAGGAGCUUUUUGCAUUAACUCCUUUUUUUUUUUUUUUUUUUUUUUUUGAGACAGAGUCUUGCUCUGUUGCCCAGGCUGGAGUGCAGUGGUGCAGUCUUGGCUCACUGCAACCUCCACCUCCCAGGUUCAAGCUGUUCUCCUGCCUCAGCCUCCCGAGUAGCUGGGAUUACAGGCAUGUGCCAACAUGCCCAACUAAUUUCUGUAUUUUUAGCAGAGAUGGGGUUUCACCAUGUUGGCCAGUCUGGUCUCGAACUCCUGACAUCAAGUGAUCCACCUCCUAAGCCUGCCUCAGCCUCCCAAAGUGCUGGGAUUACAGGCAUGAGCCACUGCGCCCGGUCAACUAACUCUUUAUUUUUCCUCACUACUCAUGUUUUCAUUCCCUACUCUGCAUAUCACUUUUGUUCCUUUAAUACUGACAGCAUCUAUGUAUUGAUUCUAACAGGAAUAUCUAUUUCCUAUUCAAGAGAUAGUCCAUUAUUUCAACAAAUGUUCCCCAGUUCUGUCGAUAUUCUGUUUCUAACUUUCAUUCAAAGAUUGAGAAUGCUUACCUCACAAAUGCUGUCAUUGUAACAGUACCACUUGCAGUUUGGGUUUUUAGCAUAAGCGACGUAAUGGCCCCCACUCAGAAUUCCUGAAUGGCACUGUAAGAGAUAAGAGAGUGGAGGUAUGUUCGUAGUUAACUGUACUAUGGCCAGGGUAUAGCACUAGGAUCUGAGCAGGAGAACAGUGAUCAUGUAAAUGGUCAGUAGGUGAGAAAAUAUUUUAGAACCCUCUAACUUUCUCUAAAACCAAAAUAAGCAAAAAGCAAAAUACAAAAGUCAUAAGCUCCAAGUCUUGCGUGGAUAAACAAUCAUUUUAUAAUGUAAUUACUAUUACUAUUAUUAUUUUGAGACAGGGGCUUGCUCUAUCACCCAGGCUGGGGUGCAGUCGAGUGAUCACAACUCUCUAAAGACUUGGCCCCCUGGGCUCAGGUGAUCCUUCUGCCUCAGCCUUCCAAGUAGCUGGGACCACAGGCAAUGCCACCAUACCUCACUCCAUUUUAAAAUUAUUUGUAGAGAUGGGGCCCAGGCUGGUCUCAAACUCCUGGGCUCAAGCGAUCCUCCUGCCUCAGCCUUCUAAAGUGCUGGGAUUACAGGUGUGAGCCACCACACCUGGGCAGGCCCAGAUUUCUAUGUUAACUUUGUCUAUCACUAAGCUCAAUGCUAGGAAAUAAGCAGGACCUGAAAAAUACUUGCUGAUGAAUACAUGAAGACAAGUGAACAAAACACAGACCACUCUCUGAAAACUGUACAAUAAACCACUUAUUGAAAUUGCAUAUAGAUUAUAAAUAGGCUUAAUAUGAGUGUCUUCUCUUUGGUCAUCAGUGCUGUCUUCUUCACUGUGGUUUCCAAGCUGACCAUUGCUGUAGCCAUUGCCAUAUGCUUCAUGCUCAUAAAGGAAUCCAUUGGCCAAAGCUACCUCGUGGUCCUGAGGAGUGACCAGCUCUGGUUUGCUGCCCCCCCACAUAUGCCCUCAGCUCAAGGCGUCAGCCAGCUCACAGAUCUGCCCAGCCCCAUUCUCUUUGCUGGCAUCCAAGUUCUUCUUACUACUUGACAGCUUAUUUUUGCUGCCAAUAUGGGGCAGCCGGAGCCUCUCUUUGCUCCUCCCCAAAGUCCGUGGGCUGCUAUUAGGGCUGCUGUUUUUGCUGGAGGGACAGCUGGUUCCACUUUUUCUUGAUGAAGAAGGAGAACCUGUGAACAGGACAGAAGAAAAGAUUCACAAAUCCAAAUGCCACAAAGUAAGCCAGCCCCAAAUGCUAACUCUGGGGUUAGCUUCACAACUGUACACACAAAGGUAAAGACAGGGGAGUCGUGACUGGCUACCCUUUAGUUCCUAUUAUGUGGCCAGUAAAUUACAUUUUUGUCUUCUUCAAUGCCAAGUCCCUAUAAGCAACAAUGUCCUGAAAAUGUAAAGUACAUUAUAGAGACUCAGAAAAUAGCAGAAAGAUGAUUUAUGUCAGAUUCAGUUGAAAAAAAUCUAACUAUUAGUGUAAGGAGUUUUCCAAAUACAUAUUCCUCUCCUUUGUAAAAUUAGACCAAAAAUGUGACCACCAUUUACUGAGUACUUCCUAUUUUUAGGCAUGGUACUGGGAAUUUCUUGCUGUCCAUUGUUACCUCUAUGUCUCACAAAAAUCCUGUAAGGCUUUAAACUUUUUGGUUAUAGCCUCUUACCCCUACCCCCUUUUAUACCUUUAAAAAUUAUUGAGAACCUUUAGAACUUUUAUGUGAAUUUUAUCUAUCAAUAUUUCCUGUAUUAGAAACUAAAACUGAGGCAUGAAAAAGUACAACACAUUAGCACAGAUCUUCACUGUCAAAGUGACGAUAUUAUUCCACGUCAUGUUGUCUCUUACACCAUUGUACAUCUGUGAGAGAAUAAAAGUGAAAAGGCACAUAUUGUCUUAGUAUUUUUAUGAAAAUAGUUUUGGGCCAGGCACAGUGGCUCACACCUGUAAUCCCAGCACUUUAGGAGGCCGAAGCAGGAGGUUCACUUGGGUGCAGGAGUUCGAGCCCAGCCUGGGAAACAUGGCGAAGCACCAUCUCUACAAAAAAUACAAAAAUUAGCCAGGUGCAGUGGUGCGUGCCUGUAGUCCCAGCUACUCAGGAGGCUGAGGUGGGAGGAUUGAUUGACUCCAGGAGGUCGAGGCUGCAGUGAGCUGUGAUCUGUGUUGCACCACUGCACUCCAGCCUGGGUGACAGAGUGAGACCCUGUCUCAAAAAAAUAAAAAAUAAAAUAAAUAAAUAAAUAAAGAUUUUUGAUCCUCUAGACCCCCUGAAAGAUGGGGAACCUCACAACUUUCACUAUAAGGGGACAAGACAGCAGCUACCAUUCCUGUUUACCAUACAUCAGGCACUGUGUGAAGUGCUUUACUCUCCAUGUGUCAAACUCUCAACUCUGUAAACCUGGCAUUAUCUCCAUUUUACAGAUGAGAAAAUAGAUUCAGGGAGGCUGAAUCUCUUGAUAAAACUUACAUAGCUCAAAUACAGAUAGGUCUGAUUCCAGAUAGGUUCCUUCCACCCAACCAACCUGAUGUUCCAGAUCAGAAGACAGAGAAACAUAUGUAGCCUAGAGGAGUCCCAAGAAAGCAACUGCAUAAGGCCCCCAGGCCUCACCUUUUGGGCUGCUGCUGAUGUUAGCGCUGAGUGAGGAUGGGCUUUUGCUCAGGAGCAUGUCCUCUUCCCCAGCCAAACUCUGCACAUCCGCUUUCUUCACCUCUCUUGCCAGAAUCCUGGGCUUGGAGAGCUCAUCCCCCUGGGGUGUGAGUGGUUGAUGCUGGCAGAGAGCCGGGUCUCGUGGUACCAAAAAAGCACUCGGAUCAAAACUUUCCCAAGGAAAUUUGACAAUUUUCUGUGAUUUUAUCCACUGAUCAUUUACAAAUUGAAAUCGCUUAAGGUGAAUAAUCUGGAGAAGAAAAGGUAGAAAACAUCGCAUUAAAGCGUUCUGAAGAUACAAAAUUUACAUGGAAAAAACAAGUCAAAUACAUGUGAAUGUUUGGGAAUAUAUAACAGAACAUUUGCUCUUCAUUAUUUUUUAAAUACUUCAAAAAUGUGGUUUCCUAAAGGCCUCUACACAGGCCCCAGUGCACUGGUGUGCUUGUGCAGACACUCAACUCAGCAGUGUGGCACAGCCACGUGACUGCGCAGUGGGUACUGCCUCCAGGCUCAGUUGCUCUUCUAGAGUCCACAAAGGGCUAGCCUGAGCUUCCACUCUCCACAGAGCCAGAAGUUCACCCUCUCCUGAAGUUCAAAUUCACCACGUUGUACCCCUUGUGGCAGUUCUCACAUCACACUGAAUUGCAGUUACUGGGCUACAUGACCGCUCUGCUUGUUUUAUUUGAUGAUUAUAUGAAAAUAUAUACUUGUUAAAAUUCAUCAAACUGGAUAUUAAAAAUAUAUGCUUUUAAUUGUAUGUUAAUUAUACCUCAAUUUUUUUAAAAAGGUCUCCCCCUUGGCCAGGCAUGGUGGCUCACACCUGUAAUCCCCACACUUUGGGAGGCCGAGGUGGGUGGAUCACGAGGUCAGGAGAUCGAGACCAUCCUGGCUAACACAGUGAAUCCUCAUCUCUACUAAAAAAAUAAAUAAAAAACACACAAAAAAUUAGUCAGGCGUGGUGGUAGGCGCCUGUAGUCCCAGCUACUUGGGAGGCUAAGGCAGGAGAAUGGUGUGAACCUGGGAGGUGGGGCUUGCAGUGAACUGAGAUCUUGCCACUGCACUCCAGCCUGGGCGACAGAGCGAGAUUCCAUCUCAAAAAAAAAAAAAAAGGUCUCCCCCUCCUCCCCAGCCACCUUGUCCCCAAGCCUGCCCCUUCCCUCUAGUUCCUAUCUGUGGAGUUAGCUGACAACCAGUGUUAUUAAUUUCUUGUGCAUCAUUCCCUGGGAAGCUGUUCUGGUCUAAGAAAAACCUACAUUCAGCUUCACAGAGUAGUGUGACAGAGACAUGAUUAGAAUAAGAAAAUACGGCUGGGUAUGGUGGCUCAUGCCUGUAAUUCCAGCACUUUGGGAGGCCAAGGUGGGCGGAUCACCUGAGGUCAGGAAUUCGAGACCAGCCUGGCCAACAUGGUGAAACCCCAUCUCUACUAAAAGUACAAAAAUUAGCCAGGUGGUAGUGGUGCAUGCCUGUAAUCUCAGCUACUCAGGAGACUGAGGCAAGAGAAUCACUUGAGCCCAAGAGGUGGAUGUUGCGGUGAGCUGAGAUUACAACACUGCACUACAGCCUGGGUGACACAGUGAGACCCUGUCUCCAAAAAAAAAAAAAGAAAAAAGAAAGAAAAUACAUAUAAAUAUCUGAUUAAAAUAGGCCAGUACCUUACAGUUACACUGACCUUAAUGAAUAGGAAGAUUUGUCACUUCAAACUCUCCUGACAAACAAAAGGACAGUCUCCUAAUCCAUGAAGGGAGAAGGCAGAAGUAAAUUAAAUCUAAAAGAACACACAGGCCCUAGUGCACUGGUGUGCUUGUGCACACACUCAACUCAGCAGCGUGCCACAGCCACAUGACUAUGUGCAGUGGGUGUUGGGGGCUCCGGGCUCAGUUGCUCUUCUAGAGUCCACAAAGGGCUAGCCUGAGCUUCCUCUCUCCACAGAGCCAGAAGUUCACCCUCUCCUGAAGUUCAAAUUCACCACGUUGUACCCCUUGUGGCAGUUCUCACAUCACACUGAAUUGCAGUUACUGGUCUACAUGAUUGAUCUCUUCUUCUAGGUUGUAAGCUCUUUAGGAAAAGGAACUACCAAAUAUUUGUAGAAAGAUUCAUCUCUGUAUUCAACAUAAAAACCUUGUACAGAAAGUGUUUUAAACACUGCUGCAGGAAAAGUCUUAUUCUCAAAAAUAACAAAACCUCCUGUUUGUUCAUGUCUUCUUUCUUUUAUGCUAGAUUCCUGCUCUCUCAGAGGCAGGACUGUAACAUACCAGGAAGGGUGGAAGCCUCCAGAGAUCCAGCUUCUUUGUUGCUAAGCAGUGGGUCUUACACUUGGAACAGUAGUACAUCUCAUCUUCCCCUAGCUCUUCCUCACUGGGGAAAGCACGGAGACGGCUGUCCAGGAUGAUGGGCUCGACUUGCGCUCGCCGACUCUGCUCCACACUCUGAUGCUCAUCUACAACCUGUAGGUAGAGGGAACAGGAGGAAAGGGGUGUGUGGGAAGGCAUUUAAACUGGUGAUCUAGCUAUGCAUCAACCUCUCGGUCACUCACCCUUAUUUUACUCUAUAUAAGGAAAAAGAAAAUAUAACUGGCUGGGUAUGGUGGCUCAGGCCUGUAAUCCCAGCACUUUAGGAGGCUGAGGUGGGGGGAAUUGCUUGAGUCCAGGAGUUCAAAACCAGCCUGGCCAACAGAGUGAGACCCUGUCUAUGUAAAAGAAAAACCUAAAAAUUAGCUGGGCGUUGUGGCGCAUGUCUCUAGUCCCAGCUACUCAGGAGGAUUGCUUGAGCCUGGGAGUAGAGGUUGCAGUGAGCUGUGAUUACGCCACUGCACUGCAGCCCAGAUGACAGAGAGAGACCCUGUCUCAAAAAAAAAAAAAAGGGAAAAGAAAACACAACCCAAACUAGAGUCUGAGCAAAUACAGCACCUACACAUUUAUUCACAAAUGUUACACUGUAACAUUCUGGAUAAAAUUUCUAUUUAUAUGAUCAUAGCUUUUCUUGAAAAAUUUUUGAAUGCUUCAAAAUGACAAAAAGAACUGCAUUUAUUUAACAACUUUGGAAUCCUAUAAGGGAUUACAUGUGAGCUGGCCCUCAAGCCAGGGGUGGUGAUAGUAAGCCAUUUAUCUUUAAUCAGAAAGCCAGAGCAUUAUCAGUAUGCUGCAGAGUUUACAGAGGCUAGGAGAAAUAACAUGAAACAGAAACCAGAGCUGGAUGAAAUAAGGGCACAGAAAAGCUCACCAUGAGAAGACAACACAGCAGAGCACGAAACACCACAGGGUACAACUCAUUUACAUCUGAUCCCAUGUAACACAGAGUUAUCAGAAUACCAAGUCUAUACUUAUCUGUCUCCUCCCUCAUGGGGCCUUUUUAUCUGAGAUGGCAACAAAAGGAAGAACAAGCUCAAGAGUGUGCUGCUUUUGUUGAGAAGGCCCCUAAUACCCACCCAAACCUUUGGGGUCCUGUUAAUCAGCAUGUUAGGCUGUGGAGCAAGAAGGAGUUAAGUGUAAGAAAGGAGAGAGAGCAAAGAAUGGGUGGGGUGCAGGGAUAUGUGUUGGGAGUGGUGUAGAAUGAAGAAGGAGGAGAGAAGGAAGGAUCUAGAGUGCAGCAGAAAAGAAAGAAUUUUUCCCUCUCCAUGCCUGGCUGCUACCUGACAAACAAUCAAGAACCAUAGAGCUGGGAUCCUUCUGUUUGUCCCUCUAAUGUAUGGGAAGGUGGGUGAAGCAUCAGGGUUAUGAAUGCUACCAUAAGACUUCACACAGUUUAUAUUUGUGUCCCAAAGCAGAGCCCGGACCACAAGGCCCAUACUGACUGCCUCUCUGUGGCAAACGUCACAUAUGUCCAUCACCCACCCUAUUUAUUGCUCCUCACCCUUCCAGAGGUGAACUUCCUCCAUGAAUUUCCCUUCCUGAAACUCACGAUGGGAACCUUAGGCUGCCUGGAAUACAAAUUGGCACAGCUCAAGACAUGCAGCUUAGCAUGGGUUUUCAGGCGAGACUUUUUCCCUAUGUGAGAGUCACGAGGCUGUCAAAUGCUGUUAUAAACAAGCAAGGUUGGGUUUGAUCAUGCAGUUAAGGUUCUAGCACUGAAUAAUUAUCCAGGCUAAAGAGCUCAUUUAAAAAGGGGAACUUAGAGGAAAAUUCUUUUUUUAGAAAAGGAAAUCUGGCUUGGACUUGGGUUAUAGACUUCUUUUUUGAGUACAAAUUCUGUAGUAACAAGAUAUUAACUGUCAUCAUCUUUUGAAAUGGUCACUCAAGGAAAAAACUGAUGUGCUUCAAAAGGAAACAUGCUGUAUCAUAGUUGUUGGAAUGAGUAGAAAAAGGGGUGUAUCAUAUACGGUAGUGUUUCCUUUCUCAUAGCCAGUUAAAUAUUAUCUCUAUUAUCUCUACCAGGAAUACUUUAUGGCCAACCACAAAUUAGAGUAAGCUAGUAAAGAAUGUUGAAUUUUAUUGACUAUAUUUUCUGAGGAACACAGGCUACAGUGCUAGAUGAAGACAGGGAGGAAAGAAGGCUGAUAAAAAACAUAUUUGUGGACUGUACUGACAAUAAUUUCUAUUUAUCAGUAAAAUUUCCCAAAGUGAUAAAGAUUCCCUUUAUCUCUUGGGAUCUAUGCUUAGAUCCUCUACUAUUGUUUAAACAGUCUAUGAAUUACUUAUAGGCACCCUCUUCUUUUUCAGAGUUGCUUUAAAGCUCAUCUUAACACAAAACACAGGAAAUGAAGUAAUAGUCUUCAUAUAAGACUAUUAAAAAAAAAAGAGAGAGGCCUAAGAAUUUGUCUAGUUUAAUUUUCUUUUUUUCUUUUCUUUUUCUUUUUCUUUUUUUUUUUUUUUUUUGAGACAGGGUCUUGCUUUGUUACCCAGGCUAGAGUGCAGUGGCGAGAUCACAGCUCACUGCAGCCUUGAUCUCUUGGGCUCAAGCAAUCCUCCAACCUCAGCCUCCCAAGCAGCUGGGACUAUAGGUGCACAACACCACACCUGGCUAAUUUGUGCAUUUUUUGUAAAGACAGGGUGACAUCAUAUUGCCCAGGCUGGCAUCUAGUUUAAUUUUCUACUGAGGAAUCUGAGGUCCAAACAGGAGAGAAAUGUAAAGGAUAAGAGUGCGUGUCCCUGUAUUUUUUUCUGAUUACUAGGUAUAAUAUUCAUGUGGAAAUUUUGGAAAGCAGAGAAAAAUGUAAAAAGGCAGGGAAUCCUUUUAUAUUCUUAAUACAAAGGCAACCACUGUCAAAAUUUUGGCAGAUUUUCUUCUGUCCUUUUUCCUAAAUAGUAUUUUUUUCAAUAUUGAAGGUAUUAUUUCCAGUAUAUGCAACUUUAUGUCUUGUUUUUAAAAAAAUGUUCACAUAUCAUAAGCAUGUUCCCAUAAAUGUUAGCAAAAACUCCUGGUAAUCAUUUUCAACAACUGCAUUAUAGUUUAUCCAAUGAAUACCCCAUGCUUUAUUUAACCAUUCCUCUAAUGUGAGACAAAUAUAAGUUGUUAAUAACUUUUUACUCUCCUAAAAAAUGCUAUGAUGAUAUUUGCCUGCAAAUUAUGGAGUAAUUACAGAGUAUUCUCCCCUCAGAUAAAUUCCUAAAAGGGAAAUCACUGGAAUAAAAAAUAUAAAGCAUAUGGACAAUAAUCCCAAUUUAAAAAGAUGUUAAUGUAUAUAAAUAGAGUGUAAAUAAAAUAGUGUUGAUGUACUGAAAUAUGAACUGUAUAAAAAGUAUUGGUAAUUGUAUAUGGGGUGUACCUGUUUAUCUGUAACUGUUAUCCAAACAAAUUAAAUACUGUGGAUGCCUCUA